AAUAUGUAGAAUUGGUAAAAGCGAACAUCAGGUUAUACGGUACUCAUAUAAUGUAACGGUACCGUCGCUAAAAAUCCUUGUAACAAUUCUUUCUGCGCAUCGCGCGGUAAUCUUAUUUACCAGGUUGUUUUACUUACAAAUUAUUUGUUGCAGGUUGAAAAAUGAAUGACAAUAUAAUUUCUUGUCCCAUUUGUUCAAAAGAAUUUUCUUCUGCAGUGAUAGAAAGUCAUGUUAGUAAAUGUUUGUUUUUAAAUGAAUCAACGAGCAAUGAAUCUGCAGUUCCUCUCAAGGAUGAAAGUUUUGGUAGAAAACAUAUAAAGUUGAGUAACAAGAAAACAAAACAGGGUGAUUCAGGAUCAUUAAAGAGAAAAAGUAUUUCAAUGGAAUCAUCUUUUACAAAUACAGAUAAUCAAAUCUCAAAGACUUCAUUUGAGGAUAAUCCAGAAAAACAAGUUAAAAAAAGUAAAGAUGAUCAUGUACCUCUUGCUGAACGGAUGAGACCUACUACACUUUCAGGAUAUGUUGGACAGUCACAUAUUCUUGGGCCAUCUACUGUACUUUACCAAUUGUUAAAUAAAUCUGAAAUUCCAAAUAUAAUUUUAUGGGGCCCACCUGGUUGUGGAAAGACAUCUUUGGCAAAUGUCAUAGCUCACAUAUGUAAAAAUAAAUCAAAUGGUAAAAUGAGAUAUGUUAAAUUAUCUGCAGCAAUGGCUGGUGUUAAUGAAGUGAAAGAAGUGAUCACUAUAGCUUCUAAUGAAUUGAAAUUUAACAGACGUACAGUAAUUUUUAUGGAUGAAAUACAUCGUUUUAAUAAAGCACAACAAGAUGUAUUUUUACCUCAUGUUGAAUCCGGUAUUGUUACAUUAAUUGGAGCUACAACAGAAAAUCCUUCCUUCAGUUUAAAUUCUGCACUUCUGAGUCGUUGUAGAGUUAUUGUUUUAGAGAAAUUGAGUAUACUUAAUUUAAUAUCCAUAUUAAAGAAAGCUGUUUCUUCAUUAGAGGGGUCUGUAUUUCAUUCAAGUAAAAAAUUAGAAGAUUCUGAGCAAAUACCAAAAUUCAUAAUAGAUGAACCAACUAUAGAAUGGUUGGCAGGAACAUGCGAUGGUGACGCACGAAUAGCUUUAGGUGGUCUUGAAUUAGCAAUUCAAUGUAAGGUACCAAAAGAGGAAGAAUUCUUAGAAAGUGGUCCUGUAACAAUAACAUUAGAUGAUAUUAAAGAAAGUCUUAAGAAGACUCAUAUGUUAUAUGAUAAGAAAGGUGAACAACAUUAUGACAUGAUUUCUGCUCUACAUAAAUCUGUUAGAGCAAGUGAUGAAAAUGCUUCUUUAUAUUGGUUAACAAGAAUGAUACUGGGUGGUGAAGACCCCGUUUAUAUUGCACGAAGAUUAGUAAGAAUGGCAUGUGAAGAUAUAGGUUUAGAAGAUCCAAAAGCUUUAGGAAUUGCUGUACAUACAAUGCAUGGUUGUAAAAUGAUUGGAAUGCCCGAAUGUGAUGUCCUUUUGGCACAAUGUACAACAUAUUUAGCAAGAGCACCAAAAUCUAGAUUAAUGGAAGAUGCACUUAGAGCUGCUCAAAGAACAGUUGCUGAUCAUAAAGGACCUCAGCCAACAGUGCCUUUACAUUUAAGAAAUGCUCCAACAAAACUCAUGAAAAAUUUAGGAUAUGCUCAAGGUUACAAUAUGAGACAUAAAGAUGCAUCUGGAUUAAAUUAUUUACCAGAAGGACUUGAAAAUAUAAACUUUUUUAAUUGUUGAAAAUUGUAUGGGAUGAACAGAAAUUUGAAUAAGAGCGUUGUUAUAGAUUUAUUAUACUCAGGGAUUAUUUCGUACAAACGGUAUUAAGUAUUAAAAUAUUAAUUAAGAUAGUUGAAGUUAAUACAGUACUUGAAUAGCAUUAACUGUAAUAUACCAGGCAGCAAAAGUCUCAAAACUAAAUAAGAUAGUAUUAUACACAUUAAAUUAACUUUAUUAGAUAAUUUUUUUCCAUAUGAUAGUUUUAUUAUUAGCAGGCAUGUCAACAAUGUUUAUUAGUUUGAUACCAUUUUUGUCUGCCAAUUCUGUUAAAUCUUUAAUAUCUCUGAGACCCCAACUUGGAUCUUGAAACUUUAAAGAUUUAUUGAAAUUAACAUUACUUUCUGGUGUUAUUUUCCCAUCCAUAGCAUAAGGUCCAUAUGUAAACAUAAAACCAUUGUCUUUUAGCAAUUUACCUGCAUUUUCAAAUAAUCCGAUGGAACAUUCAUAUGGUGAAAUAUGCAUCAUAUUUGCAUUAUAUAUAUAAUCAAUACUAGAUUUUUUAAAAAUUCCAUUGCUCCACGUAUGAAAAUCUGUAGUAAUAUCUAUCUUUAAAGGAUGUUUUAUAUUUGCAAAUCCGUUUGCAUAUACAGCAAUACUUUCUAACAAUCUGAGUUCACAUUCUGAAGGAUAAAAUGUAAUAUGAGGAAAAUGGGGAGCAAAAUGAGCUACGUGUUGUCCAGAACCAGAUGCAAUUUCCAAAAAUAUUUGAUCCGAACCGGGUUGAAUAUAUUGCCGGAAAACCGAUAGUAUUGGUUCCUUAUUGCGAUCGGCUGCUGGGUAAAUAAGCUUUUUAGCAGCCAUGAUUCUAGAACUUAAAUCAAAGUCCUAUGUUAUUUGCUACCUAAUUUUUAUAACAGAUAUAAUUAUGUAAAAACCAUUUAACAAAAAAAAAAAAAAAAAACUAAAAAAA